GAGCAGUUGAUGUCUCACGAGAAGGACCUCCUGCAGGAGAAGAUGUCUACGGUCCAGUUCAACGUGAAGAGGAGGGCAUUCCCCUUGGGCAUCCGGUGGAAGUUUCCAGCGCUAGAGGACCUGGUGCGUCUGAUCAGACAGAACACAGUGGACAGCCCAUGGACAACUCCGACCAAUCUCAAUGGAUUCCUCCAGGGUUGCUACCGAACAUCGCUCCAGCACCACGUCAGCAACUUCCUCCAGUUCCGGAAGACGGAGAUCUCGAGCAGGCUUCGCCCGGGACAAUGGCACCACCUCCUGGACUCACUCCAGCACCGUCCAGACGACAGUCGAUCAAUGAGCCAGCUUCAGAACCUCCGACCAUAGCACCGGCAGAAGACUUCGACAUCGAGGAACUACUACGUGAAACUUCUGCCGACUCCGGUGCGAGUUCAGAGGUCGUUCCGGAGCCCCCGAGCAAGAUUGCCAGGACGAGCAGCUUGGAAGAGACACACACCAGAGCUCCUGGAACACCAGUUGAUCGACUUCUCAGCCGCAUCCCACGAGAACUAUCUCCGGAACAUCAUCCAGCAGCAGCUUCAUCGUCCUUGACACCAGCUGAGGACCUGGGGUCCGAUGGGCGAGUCUCGCGUCAGGUUUCCGAGUUCGAGAAUCUCCGCCAGAACUACUACUGCUGCAACGUGGUUCCCGAAGACUACGACCUCCAGGAAUGGAGCGGCUCCUUCUUCAACUACCAGCUUGGAGACCAAGAGAAGGUUCUCUUCGAUGAAUCCGACGAGGUGGAGUGGACGGCAGUGGAAAAGACAGGCGUCAUCAAGGCCAAGAGCCGCUGGUGCAUCCAUGGGCAUGUCGACCCGGACACUCAACGGCUCAGUACCUAUGCUCCUACACCUCAAGGAGAAGGAAUGACGCUCUUCCUCCAGACAGCUCUUAACUUGCAGAUGAUCUGCGCCUUCUCCGAUGUCAAGAAUGCCUUCUGCCAGAGCCGACCACUUCAACGGGAGCGUGGACCUCUCUUUGCCGAACCCUGCGAGGGACUUCAUCUUCCUCCAGGGGCACUCAUCCAGAUCGUGGUCCCAGUGUAUGGACUGGAUGACGCUUGUGCUAAAUGGCGUCGAACGGUAGCCAGCUUCCUGGUGGAGGAUUUGGGUUUCGAGAGAAACCUCAUUGAGCCUUGCUGGUAUUCCUUGUUUCAUGAUGGCCAUUGCGUAGCCCAGGUGCUUGUUGAGGUCGACGACUUCAUCGUGGCGGCCAUCCCGGCUCACUAUGAGGCCCUGCGCAAGUCAAUGACGGAGCGGUUCCAUUUCGGGAAGUGGGAGAAAGGUGAAGCAGAGUAUGCUGGACGACACAUCCGCACCACACCAGAUGCCAUCUUCGUGGACCAGUGCAAAUACAUCAAGGAGCAGAUCCAUCCAGUGCAACUUCCCAAAGGACGAAGAGGGCAGCAUGGCGAAUCUUUAUCGCAGGAGGAGUUCCAGGCACUUCGCUCCUUGGUCUUUAAGAUCAACUGGGUUGGAAGAGAGAGUCGACCAGAGGCAGCGGGCAUUGCCUCGCUGAUGGCUAGUCGCCUCCCAAGGGCGACCAUUGGGGAUGUGAUCAUCGUGAAUCGAUUCGUCAACUUUCUCAGGUCGACGGCAGAGCGCCCCAUGAAGAUUUGGCGUUUUCAUCCUGAAGACAUGUGCUUCAUCGCUGUCUCCGAUGCGGGCGGCAUCAACACGCAGGGCACGGACCUGGUGGAUGCGGAGGGCCUGCCUAUGGAUGCAACUCAGGGGGCAUGGAUGAUCCUGACCGCAGAAGCUCUUCCACAAGGAAAAUCAGCAGUGCGGGCCUCACCAAUCACCUGGCGCUCUUCUCGACUCAAGCGCAAGGUGUUUUCUACAUUCGGUGGGGAGACGCAGGCGAUGCUGCAGGGCGUGAACGAAGUCGACUGGCUUCAGGUGAUGUACAGAGAUGCUGUGCACCAUGACGUUCAACUUGCCUCCUGGAGGAACUGUCUGAGCCCCCACAUGCUGGUGAUGAGGGGACAGUGUAAGCUUGGUGGACGGCAGCAACAGUGUUCAGUCACUGACGCGAAGUCGCUGUUCGACUGCCUGCUCCGGGAGAACCCCAGCGGGAAGCAGGACAGAAAGAGCGCCUUGGAGCUUGCCAUCAUCCUGAAGGAUCUCCAGGAGACGCGCUCGAUGGUGCGAUGGGUUCCCCACCAGAAGAUGCUGGUGGAUAGCCUUACCAAGCUGGAUCCUUUGAAGGCGAAUGAUGCUUUGCACCAGUUCUUGCGCAGCGGCUGGCUGAGUCUUGUAGAUGUGCAGGAGGAGUUGACGUGCCGGAAGACAGAUCCGGCAUACAAGCGACGCAGCCAUCAUGCGUCCCAGCAGCGACUGCUGUCCGAAUACCAGCAGCAGUUGACUGAGUUCUUGAGCCUCUUGAUCAAUGAUAAGUUGGGAGGGAUGUCGAACUUGAGCGUAGGUCAAGGCGAUGAUGCAAAAGGCAAUGGCAAAGGAGUCAAAGUAACCAAAGGAAAAGGAAAAGGAAAGGAGAAGAAGGGGAAAGGGAAGAAGAGAAAGGCUGAAGUUUUAGAGAACCCAGAGCAAGCUUUGGAAGAUCCCAAGCAAGCUUUGGAAGAUCCAGGGCAAGAGGAGGUGUUUCAGCCGUGCACGACUUUGGUGGCAGAGAUCACCCAACGUCGUCGCGGCACCAAGCAUGGCGAACCACCCUUUACCUACGGACACCGAAAUGGCAGCGCUCACAGAUCUCCCAGCAGAUCUAUGAGCAGGCAAGAGGCCGAGGGUAUGGACAUGACAGAUGCAGAAAGAGAUGCAUCGCGUGCAGCGAAGGGAGCACCUCGUCCACAUGGUGAAGGAGAGUCCAAAAGUGCAAAACGACGCAGAAGAGAGAAGGAAAAGAGAGAGGAGGAUUGGAGAAAGAGUCGUGUGCAGCCGGUGAACCAGUAUGAGUCUUACAGCUGGAGAGGUUCAGGCAGCAGUAAGGCAGAAGGCAAAGGAAAGAUGCAGCACCCUCGGAAGUAUGGCCAAUUCUUCGUGACGGAUCGUGAUGGCAACCAGAUUUGCUACAAGUUCGCGAAGGGUCAACCGGGUCUCUCAGAAGCAAUGAGGUUCAUGUCUGGCGGACGGAUCUCCGUCUGUGCGACGUGGGACGGAUAUGCUGGGGGAUGGAACAUUCUGGACGAAGAGGACUACAAGGCCGCGACGAACUUGUGCGCCACAGAGAUAGAUCACGGUCACUUUGCGCCCCCUUGCCGAACCUUGACACGAGCAAGACGGUCUGAUCAAUUUGGACAGGUGCCUGUGUUGAGGAGCGACAAAUAUCCAGAGGGAUGGGGGGACCAGCAAACAGAGCAAGCGAACGAAAUGAUUGCACGAAUGGUGGUACUAUGUUUACUCCUGCAUGAUCGUGGUGCCACAUUCUCCAUCGAGAACCCUUGGGACUCCUUCUUGUGGUUGUUGAAAGUCAUGCAACGGCUAGUGAAACUGAAGGAGUCUGAGCUGGUAUGCCUACAUCAGUGUGCCUACGGUAAGGCAUGGGACUACGUGGAGGAGAAGUGGGUUUGGAGGACGAGCUUAGCUGCCGAGUACCCAUGUGGACUAUGUAUGAGCAAGGAGUGGAUUCUGGAAGUGCGGAGGGCGUUGGGUUCAGGGUUUGGUGCAGAGGUGACAGACUCAGGACUACAAGCAGACCUUUCGCAGAAGCUUCUGGAAUGCGCUGCAGACAAAGAUGCUUGUACAUUGCCUCAAAGGAUGAGGCAUGGUUUCCCGCUUGGAAUCGAGGAGGAGAUCAAGAACAAUGGCAUCUUUCCGGCAACAGGUGUUGACUCAGCUGCAGUGGAAGCAUCACGAAGAGAUGGGUUGUUGCAAGACGACAUUGAUGGAGCUAUGACAAAUUACUCCAGCUUUGAAGAAGCAGGUGAACCAGCUGAAGAGUUGCUCAGACAGAUGGAGUUAGCAAAUCGCGCAGACGUAGUGGAGACAUGGCAACAAGUGGAAGAGCUUACAGGUGGCGGUGCCAAGUUGACCAGACUAGCGUGCAUUGUGAAGCUGAAAGAAAAUGGUGAAUACAAAUACAGUUCCCAAGAGUUGGAGCUGUUUUCAGCAGACUUCAAGGAUGCCUUUCACAUGCUGCCAUUGUGUGAAACGGAACGCAAAUAUGUGGUUUACAAAAAUGGACGGUCGCAAUAUCACGUGUCGAAGGUGGUUGUCUUUGGCCUGACUGCGGGGCCUUUGCUUUGGGCAAGAUUGGCAAGUGGGGCCAUGAGACUCGCACAGGCCUCCUUGCAAAAGGGCGAAGGCGCCCUGGCAUGCUACGCGGACGACCCCUUGUUGGCUGUGAUGGGCACGUGCAAGCAACAGCGCAUGAAGACCUUUUGUGUUUGCGCAGCAGUGUGGCAAGCAUUAGGGCUGGAGAUCUCAUGGUCCAACGUCAGCCAUGGCCGGUCAAUCAAGUGGAUCGGAUAUGAGAUCGAGCUGCAAGGUUAUCAAUAUGGUGAUGUUGUGGUUCGGCUUGCACCCCCGAAGAGGGAGAAGUUGUUGCAGGUUUUCCAGGACAUGCUGACGUACAAAGGAAUGAUUCCCUUGCGCUUGCUGGUAUAUGCUACAGGAGUCAUUGGAUGGGCCAGCAGUGUGAUGCCAUCUACAAGACCCUGGCUAGCUAUGCUGUAUGCUGCUGCGACACAACACAAGCAAG